GAUCAGAUCCUUGCACAUCAUGGCGAGGAGAUGACCUGGGACAUCAAAUCAGGAUGCAUGGGUAAACCCGAAAGAGCUUCUGCUGAGCACCUUCUCUCCUUCUUUCCCUCAAUCUCGCUAUCUGUCGAUUCUUACAUCGAACAGAAGAAUAUCCUUCAAGACAAACUCCUACCCUCCGUCCCUCUUCUCCCCGGUGUACGCAAGCUCGUGCGGCACCUCCGAAAGCACAGGAUUCCGAUCGCAGUGGCGACUAGUUCCGGGCGAUUGAGGUAUGAGAAAAAGACGGGUCACCUAGGCGACGUAUUUGAGUGUUUCGAAGGGAACGUCGUAUGCGCCGAUGACGAGAAGUGGAGAGGACAGGCUAUGAGAGGAAAGCCGGCGCCUGAUAUUUUCUUGGUCGCAGCUAGAGAGUUACUGGGAAGGGAUGUAGGUGAGCCCGGCGCAGUCUCGGGAGACCAGAUAUCGGAGAGGAAGAAAGGUCUAGUGUUUGAGGAUGGAUUCGCUGGCGUGCAAGCUGGCAAGCGAGCUGGGAUGAACGUGGUGUGGGUCCCGGAUAGCAACCUUCUGGGUGUGAAAUAUACUGGAGAAGAAAAGGCAGAUGUUACUCUCAGAUCCAUUGAAGAUUUCAUUCCAGAGAAAUGGGGUCUUCCGCUCUAUGAUGAGGAGUCGUAGUCUUGCGUUCAUUAGAUUGCUAUGUAUGCGUCUUUUUCAUAUGCUAUAAGCACUUGCUAGUGAAUCCCUGUUUAGACAUAGAUCUUUCUAUCGGUGCUGUACAUGACCAUCAAAAAAUUCCAUUUCAAGGAGCUAUGACACGAGUAGCCUUCUUCGCCAACUCGUCGGCCUUGUUCAUCUCUCGAGGAAUUAUCCAAAAUCCCACAUUAAUAUCCUCAUUUUCCACACCUGACAGCUUCGUUCAAUUUCAAAUAUAGAUCAAGAUUCGCGAGU